AUGAACGAUCAACCAGGAGAUUAUUCUUCGAUAGAUGCAUUUCAUGUAGGCCGUCGACGUAAACCAAAUUUUACUGAUCAUGAAGUUCUUAAUAUAGUUGAUCAAUAUGAUCAAUAUAAAGAAUUAUUACAUUCACGUGAAGCAUCAAAAAGUGUCAUAGCACAAAAACAAGCUAUUUGGAAAGGAAUAACUGAAAAUCUUAAUGCAAGAUAUCCACAAGUUGAACGAACUGUUGAAGAUGUACGACGUAAAUGGAAAAAAUUACAAAGUGAAGCGAAACGUGAAGCUGCUGCUUAUCGUGCAGCACAAGCUGCUGGCUCAACAACGCCUGUAUCAAGUAAACAAAUAAAUUUAUAUAAUCGAAUUUUAUCCAUAUGCCGUGCACCAAUAUCAACAACACCUAAUUUUGCUGCUGCUGCAGUUGCUGCUGCAAUACAUCAUCAACAAGUUUUACAAUUACAAUCUAAUAUGAAUAAUGGAAGUAACAAUAAUUAUGAAACAACAUUUAAUGAACAGUCAUCCGAUAAAAUUGAUUCACCAUCAUCAGAUAUUGGCAAUGGUAUGAAUGGACACUUAGAUUCACCAGGUGAUGAAAGUGCUAGUCUACUUGGUAAUGAUGAUAAUUCUCCAAGUCCAGCAACAAGUCUUCAACCAACAUCACUUUCAUCAUUUCUUCCAUCACAACAAUGUGCAACAUCGAUGACAAAUAUAAGCAAUGGAAAAGUAUCAAAACGAACAUUAGAUAAACAACGUAAACAUUUAAAAACAUUACAAAAUAAUCAAUUUACUAAUUCAACAAAAUCCUAUGAUCAACAACAAUAUUCACUUCGUUAUAAAUCAUUAAUUAAACGUAAACGUACACUUGAAUUAACAACACAACGACUUAUUUAUGAUAAAGAACGUUUAAUAAUUGAACGAAAAAAUCUUGAUAUUCAAUUAGCAGUUAAUGAAUGUGAAAAUGAACGUAUUGCUAUUGAAAAACGUCGUACUGAACUUGCUAUACAAAAAUAUCAAUGUGAAUCAUCAUCAUCAUGUAUAUCAAAUGGUAUUAAUAAUCAUUUAUCUGAUGAUCAUGAAGAUCAUGAUGAAAAAAAUAGUCUUGAUGAUAUGAGUGAUAUUAAUGAGUAG